GCGCCAGGCGGCAGCAGCAGCAGCAGCAGCAGCUGUGCACUCCGGCAGCAAAGUGAUGACAACAAGCAACAAUGAAGCAGCGCUGACUUUCUCUUCUCGCCUCCGCCGUUCCUCUGCGUGAUGUCCCAGCAUGUGGAGUAGCAGCAUGGCCGUCGAAGCUGUUCACUGCAACUUGAGCCAGAAUGGUAUCGACCACCAAAUGUGCCCAGAAGACAUGACCUCACAGCUGGAGGAGGAGGAAGAGUGUGUGGAUGGAGGAAGGAUCCUGCUGGACGAUGACAGUCCCACCUACCCUGACCUUGGACCUCCCAUGUACCACCGUCGUUCUCCACCGCACCGCUCUGUUUCGGAGUCUGAGCUGACUCGGCCCGGCUAUGUGAAGCUCUCCAAGCCAGUGGCCCUCUGGACCCAACAAGAUGUUUGCAAGUGGCUGAAGAAACACUGCCCCAACCAGCAUCAGAUCUACAGCGACUCCUUCAAGCAGCACGACAUCACAGGCCGGGCUCUGAUGAGAUUAACAGACAGGAAGCUGGAACGGAUGGGCAUCAUGCAGGAAGGCCAGCGGCAGCACAUCCUCCAGCAGGUCCUGCAGCUACGUGUCCGGGAGGAAGUCCGAACGCUCCAGCUCCUCACACAAGCCUCGCUGGAGUGCACCCCUUCAUCCCCCUAACCUGAUGGAUCAGAACCUCACACCCAGUCCUGCUGUUUGUGGUCCUGCUGAGUCUAUCAUUCUGUGGAUGGCCUCCGUGACAGAACAAAAAAAAUUCCCUUCCUCCUACAAGGCCCCUCCUUGUUCGGCUGCCACAAGUUGUGACUGGUUGUUUCCAAACAAUUCGACAAAGCUUCCUGGAGUCUGACCAGCUGUUUCCAUUACAUCCCAUCAGCAGUCAUUUCUGACCUUUGCAGAGGAAAAUCCGCCAGCAAACCCCUCUCAACGGCUGCCAAAUCUGCCUGAUCACGCAGAAGCUUAUUUGGAGUUUGUGGAAGACGAUUUCAGCCCAUCCUUUAAGCCACUUCUUUAGAGGUUUACGUGAGGAGUGGCACUCACCGUCGACAAAGCUGGUGUCGCCGAGGCUCGUAUCCACCCGCUUCAAAAGGGAGUCCAGCGUACAGCUGGGGGUGGCUGUGAUGAUCAUGUGGGGCCAUCAAAGAGAAAACUGAAAUGUUUGUGUGUAGCUUUCUGUUUCUGUCUUCCACUCUCUGGGGGUCCUCUACCCUGCUGGACCCCUGCAGUAGCACAGAAAACCUGCCAUGUUUAAGGACACUGACAUGUAGGGUUCAAUAGUUUUUACUCUUUGCUUUACCAGGUGAGACGUCUGCUUGAAGAAGCAUCUCAAUGAGGUGAUAAUUACAACAACAAAAAAACCCACAGCAAUUAGUGAUGUGAAGCAAAAUAUGCUGACGAGCAAACCUCUGAGCACACGAACAUGUAGCGCUGAGCUUCUCACACCACUCACUCCAGAUCAUUAACUGAAGCAUGCUCAACAGCCCUGUUGCUCCAGAGCUCACACAACACUUUGAACUGCACUCAGAAGUGAGGCAGAUCGUGGAUGAUGUCAGAACUACUGGAAAUCUUCAUAACGGAUUUUGUUGGUAUUGAAGGGUUUCUUUUAGUUCCUACUUCCUGAAAUGUAUUUUUUGAGUUACCCGUUGACUUAUUCACAUAUAUUCCAGUUACACUGGCGCCCCCUGUGAUAGGGGUAUAUCCUGGAAGGGGAAAUAUUGUAUUUAUAUUUGAUAUUUUUAAAGCCUUUAAAACUAUCCCCAAACUCUUAUUAGCUUCCCCGUGCCCUCCCUCCCUCUAACACUUGGUGGUGUUCCUCCAUCUCUGUGAGAUUAAGAAGUGCCAGGACUAUGUCGUUGAAGGAGAACAUAUUAUCGCAACACGUUCUCACUCCCAAGGUGGAGCAUAGCGACUAUCAGCAAGUGGACCUUUGCAUCCAAACUGAUGCCAAAGUCAGUAUUCUCCGCUGCAUGUUGACACACUAGACUUUCAAUUGAAGUAAACUUCCGCGAUGUAUCCUGAAGCCUUGGAUAGUGUCACAUAAAACAGACAGAUGUCGGGGUUAGGGUUAAUCCAUUGAGUUGACGCUCCUUUCAUUUCAUGUAUGGUGUCACUUAGUAUGUAUAGCACCUCAAAUGGUCCUGCUCUUUAGUCAGUAAAGGGCAGAGCCACACAUUAGGUGCAUAUACAGUAUAUAUACACACCAGACCCAAGUCAUUGUGCGGGAGGGGCUAUGCUUGACUUCUUAGAAACACCUGUGGGUCACACCUGACUUCGCUGUCACUUGCAAAUGGUCGCUAUUUGACGGCUUGGGCCAUGUGUUUGUCAUCAUUGGGCUUGAACAUGACACAAAACACACACUGGAUGAUGAAUACAGCUCUUUGAUGCUGCUUUGCGGCGCCAAUCAGUGUUCGUAGUACAAGUAACAUUGGACUUACGACCUGCUUGACUUACAUCCACCCGUACUCUCGACCACGGCCAGCAGAUGCUUUUUUUUAAUUUUUUGAUUCAAUGUCUGGCACCGCAGCACGUAGCAGCGCAUACAACAGUUACGGCAGCACAGUAUCCCAGCAUCUCACUCUCACACAGGGAUCUACCACGACAGUAGCACCUAUAACCCUUGUGCCGGCUAUUUUGAAUGGCAUUCGACUUACGUCGAAUCUCACUUACGACUGGUUGGUCAGAACUGAUCCCAGUGGUAAGUCAGUUACUUGUAUUAAAUUACUUGUAUAGUGUGCUCAGAUUGUCAUGCAGAUGACCAAUGUGCCACAAACAACUCAUCUGGACAAACUUUCUCAAGUAGCCCAUGCUAAUAAAUAAAACACCUUUAGGCCACACAAUAUAAUGUAAAUAUGAGCUAUAACUUUCCCUAUAAUGGCCAGCAAUCUACCCAAUCUGCAGAAAGUUCACCACAACUGCUGUAGGGAUUGCAGUUACUGUGGAGCAACUAAAGUUGGUCCUCGACUUACGACGUAUCCAGCAUAUGCUUUAAGGCCGGAGGAAUUGUUGUAAACAUGAAUCUGAGCCGAGGAAAAUGCCAUUUAAUUAUGAUGUCUUCUACAACACAUUUUGUUCUUGCUAGUUAUACAUCCAUGUGUGUUAUGAAUGUCAUGGGUGGACUCUUGCUGAUCUGGCGCAUGAGACUGGCACCGGGUGGAACAUAGAGCUGCCUCCAAGUUUGAUGUACAGUGCGACAUAGGAAGCCGGCCCGGACGUGAAUCGAGGACCAACUGAAGCAAGGUGCUGAAAUUGGAGUGGUAGCAGCUCUAGCGAAUGAAAGCCUUCAUAUUGGGCCAGUCAGUUCAGAACAUUUGUGCGGAACAUUGUUGCUUCUAUCCGUCACGGUGAUCCAGUUUGUCAGCCUCGUUUGAUCACGCCUGUCCUGUGUCAGAUAGCUGCGCUCAUGAGACUUUAAGCCACUAGGACAUGGAGGGAACGCUAGAUGUGUAGCUAAUGAAACUAUCUGGAGCUGAACGUUGAAAGCAACAUCCUGCCAGAAGGUAAUGAGAUUUGAAAAGCAGAGAUGAAAAGAUUAUGGAAACUAAUAGAUGCUCUGACUCCAAUUCUUUAAUUAAGAAAAAGACAAAGAAGAAACCCUGCCAGGGGCGAAGCCUUUUUUGAAUUCCUCUUCCAGUCUGUAGCUCUGAUGUCUCUCUUUUUCUACUUCGGACCUCAUUGUGUAACAUGAUGUGUCACUUUUGUCUCUCCAGGAAAAAAAAAAAGCAGAUCUCCGUUGUCAGUGUGAAUAACUGGCCGAACACUGUUGGUGAUAUGUCAUUGCUGUGGUUAACUCUUUGUGGUGUUUCUUCAUGCGUCAUGGCCGUCACAUAUAACCACGUUCAGACGUCCACACAGCUCUUGUGUCAAACAUGCUUGUAUCGUUGUCUAAUGGUUUUCGAGUUGUGUAGCAAAUUUUGUCUCUGUUAAACUCAUGGAGGGAAACACUGCUGACAGAGCUGAGUUUUGUAUUUCAAGCUGUGAAAACUGGCGACGCCAGAACUCAAUUAUAUAUGCUUUAUGAUGCUGGUGAGCUGGUGUGCCGCAGUGUCUGCUAUGUCUCUGAGGAAGCACCGCCUUUUCCGGUGAUGUGUUUCAUUUUGAUAACAAAAUGUGAUCUGGAUGUAAACUAAACAGACAGCAUUCUUUCAGAUUUCCCACCCAAAAAUCUUCCAAUUUGAUUGAGAUUCCUGCGAUUUUCCUUCUUUAAUUCAUCUGAACAACUUGGAUGGCAUUUUCAAGUUCUUGGACACAAACACCAGAGGUCGUUCAGGUAGCUGUUUAGUAAUUCACUCCAAUCUUAAAAGGGUUUCUUCCAUCUGUAAUAAGGAGCAGCAUCUCUCAUUCAUAUUCUAUACUUUACCGACAUCCUAAUUGUCGUAUUGAUUCAUUCUGAUACUUUUGUUCAGCAUCAGUCAAAAUGACAGUUAUUGCACCUCAAAUGAUCAUACGUGAAGGAUUUACCCUCCUACUUUAUCGCAGACUUGCUGUCUUUGUGACCUGCAGAGUGAUUUAUAUGCAGCGUGUCACUUCACUUGGCAAUAAUUUAAAAUCAUUAUUGUUCAACUCACAAGUCUGCAAAUACCCAACACCGUGACUAGAUGGAUUCCACGCUGAAUUCUUCUCUGAAUUGCAGCCAUCUAUCUCUGUGUAGUCUCCAGACUACACAGAGAUAGAUGGUCUCCAGACUACACAGAGAGAGGAGCGACACUGUUGGACAGGGACGUUGGUGAUGGAGGGAGAUUCAUGGAUGAAUACGGACAUGAAGUUUAGAUGAUCGAGUGAGGCUAAGGUGGAAAAUGUGUCCCCUGGUUAACCGAGUUUGAACCUGGACACGCUGCAGGCUGACGCGGACGCCUUCAGAAACACAACAAGCCUGGGGGGAGUGUUCAUUGACCAGAGUUCAAGCUAUUGACUUCAGAGUCAUAAAACAACUAUGAGUCAGUGCUUUUGGUGGAACUGUGGGGUCCGAGUCAAAUCCCCACCAAGCUUCUAAACCACAAAGUGGACUGUUGGUUCUUGUGCAACGCUUCUAGAUCAGUUAAUAACAAAGUGAGGAUGCAACACACUGAUAAAGACCUAUCUGGACUAGAUCACUUUUGCCUCUACUACAAGGCGGUUGUCAGUCAAAGAUUCUUGAGCCACAGUAAUGGAAUUCCGUUUGCACAUGUGACCCACCCAGUUGCAAGGAAAAGCUGCGAGCUGAUUGAAUAGUAUUGAUCAGCUCCUCAGGAUGUACAGUUGCUCCUGCAGGAAUACAAAGCCUCAGGGUGUGUCAUGCAUGACAGUGACAGUCACAUAGGAAAGAAAUUGUCGAGGUGCACAUGCAAGUUGCAAUUUCACGCUCUGACGGAGAGACCAUGCGGCUGUCAAGGCCAGCUGGGAAGAGUUGGGAUCUGCAAUGUGCUUUUGGGGUUUUUCAUUCCUCGAUCCUGGACAUGAAUUGCCUAGGGAUGAAUCUCAACCCCCAUCAACAAUCUGCUGGUUUGGAUGCCCAGAUCUGAUUCUGCUUUUCAGUGAUUCCCAGUGUUCAAUUUGCAUCAUGCUACAUCCUACGCCACACUGAAAUUUCUCUGACAAAAGUUUCCUGAAACCUGCAGAACUAUAAACUUGAUUUACCAUUGGGAACACAACUUGAGCUUGCAUUGUCAUUAAUGAUGCAGUAGUUUUGUACCUUGAAACAGUCUAAUGUCCACUACUUCCUCGUAGAAAAGGCGGCCUCUCCCUGCAAUGGAUUUCAUCACAAUCAACAUGGUAGCUUCAAUAUUGCUCUACAUGGUGAAUAUAUUUUGAUAUGUUUCCUCAACAUAGCAAAUGUAGCAGUGUUUUAUUGAUCCCAGUCUGCAGGGCUGAGAUGACUUGUCAAUUGAUUCCUUGCAGAAUCUAACUGAGCGAGGGAGUGUAUCCUCCUCCUCCAGUGGCUACCUCUGGCUGCUCACGAUGGAGGGUGGUUUUUUUUUUUUUUGUGUCCAAGAACUUGCCUGAACUAGCUGAAUCUGAAAGCACCCAGAAGAUGUUUGGCGCUCGCACAUAUCGAUGCCAAGUGUUUCACGGAGGAGGAUCGCUGGAGUCUCUCAGUGGUGUUGCACAAGAAGUUUCCCACAUGUUCUCACGCAUGUAAUCAGAUCUAGUGUGUGUCGAUUUGCGUCCUCAGGCACUGACACGCUUGAUGUAAACAUAGAAAUCAUCGCAGUCUUCAUCGUUGUUUCAGAGCGAAUGGGGUCUUCACAAUGUCCCCGGUCUCAUGAGGUGCCUAAUGAUCGAUAUUAAUGAUGAUGCCAAUAUGAUAUAUCUCAAUGUGUAAUAAACAAGU